AUGGCAUCCUUCACAAUGGACAUCGCAGACAAGCUGGGGACGGGAGCAUGCUCGGUCGUCUAUGGGCUUCGCCUUGCGGACACGGAUUCUGACGACACAGAGCAGUCCCGGCCCCUCGCCGCGAAGUUCAUUGUACACCGGGAUGAACACCGGGAUGGCUGCAGGGAUCCCCACGAGCUGCCUCGAGAGGCGACGAUGCUCAAGCUGGCUUCUGGCAACCGGUACAUCCUCAAAUGCUUCGGUCUCUUCGAGGUGGAUCUGGAUGUGCAACCCAAACUUCGCGGAUUUUUUGCAAGGACCUCCAGCCACAGGGCAUCAAAGACUGCAAUCGUAGAGACGCCCCCCGGCCGGGGGUUUUUCCUCCUCGAGGAACUUUGCUGCUGCACCCUCCACGACUUGGUGGAGCACGUUUCUUUCAAGGAGUCAGAAGCUGCAUUUGCUCUGCACUCGGCGCUUUGCGGGCUCAUGCAUCUCCAUGCCCUUGGCAUCAUGCAUCGCGACAUCAAGACCGCCAACAUCAUGGUUUCCGAUGGUGGCCUCCGCGUGAUCUUGGGCGACUUCGACCUUGCUGCAUGUCUGCCUGAUGAUAGCUGCGAGAUGGCCUGGAAUUGUGGGACUGCAGGCUACCUGGCACCAGAAGUUUAUGGCAGCCACAAGGGCAGCAAGGCGACAGAUCUGUUUGCAUUGGGAGUGGUGCUCUACAUCCUGCUGACAAAGAGCCAGCCUUUUCUUCACGAGACGCCGCUUCUUACCGAGCUCGCCACCAGAGAUGGAAGGCUUUCAAUCGAACCGGAGACGCUGCGGAUGUUUCGCAGCCACGAAGCCUGCGAUCUGUUGCUGUGGCUGUUGGAGCCUCGACCCGAACACCGCCCCGAAGCCUUCGAAGCCCUCGAGAGCGAAUGGCUGUGCAUCAGGGAGCCCGAGAGUGAAGGUGUCCGGGCGCUGGUGCGGCAGUGGUCGCGCACGGACAGCAUCGAACAGAACUUGGCGACUUCAGAAACCAAGACUCCGGAUGCACGCAACACUUACCGUGCGGUACACAGCACUAUCAAAGAGCAGCUGCGCCGGACUUGCAGAACGCUUCUCUCGUACUUGGUAGGCGGUGGGUGA